UCGAGCGGCAGGGAGUGGAGGCUCGUUCCUGGAAGAGCCAGUCUGCGGAGUCACUCGGAUUCCUGGCUGGGAUUCAAAGACCGAGCCAGACACAUACAAACACUAAGAGAGGAGGCCGCGAGGAAGGGAGGGGGCGAGCGAGCGCGAGAGAGAGCGUGCGCGCGUGCGACAGAGCGAGAGAGAGAGAGAGAGCGAGAGAGAGAGGGAGCACUCGCUAACGCGACUCAGUCAUAGUAUCGCGCAGGGGCGCCGUGUGGGGAACGUGCCGUGUCCUAUUGCAGAGAGCCAUUCGCGGGGGAAAGAAAAGGGAUUCAAAGUGAACUGAUUGCGUUUUUUGGGGGCUGAUUUUGGACGAAGCAGACGCCAGCUCGAGCGUGGACUACUUUCUGCUCAACUUGCGCGCGUGUGUUUGUGCUCAGGGCUGAGUUGAAGCGCGCGCGUCGGUGGAUAUGGACAGACGGAAAGCCGCUGCAGAGGGGAACUCGCCCGCGGCGCCGCUCGUCUAGCCAGAAAGGUUCGUUGGGCGCAUUGGUGGAGGUUUGAUGAAGCGCUAUCCGUCUCCGGUUCACUUUUGGAGACGUGGGAUUUACGCGGAACCCGGACCUGCUCGGGGUUUGAACAGGUUUAAUUUUGUCGAGUCGAAAGAAAUCCUUAGUUUCAAAAUAGUACCAGGAUCAUGGAGACGGUAACGCGGCAGAUAUUCCAGCCACAUCCCCGAUUGCAACAAACUCUCAAACAGUUCCACCUGAGUUCAAUGAGCUCACUCAACGGCCCGGCGGCUUUCUCGGCCAGGUGGCAACACGACCUGUUCACCAAAGAUGGGAAAGAGCCGGAGCCCGUCAUUCGCCUGCCCGUGCAGCCGCCGCAAGUAAUGCCGGGACCGCUGUUCAUCCCGUCAGACCGCUCCACCGAGAGGUGCGAGACCGUCCUGGAGAGCGAGACCAUCUCGUGCUUUGUGGUGGGCGGCGAGAAACGUCUCUGCCUGCCCCAGAUCCUCAACACGGUGCUACGGGACUUCUCGCUUCAGCAGAUCAACUCGGUGUGUGACGACCUGCACAUUUACUGCUCGCGCUGCACGGCGGACCAGCUGGAGAUUUUAAAAGUGAUGGGCAUACUGCCGUUCUCCGCCCCGUCUUGCGGGCUGAUCACGAAAACGGACGCGGAGCGCCUCUGCAGUGCCCUGAUCUACGGGGGCUCGUACCCGCCGCGCUGCAAAAAAGAGUUCUACGGCACCAUGGAGCUGGAGCUCACGGAGAAAAGCUUCAAGGUGUACCACGAGUGCUUUGGGAAAUGCAAGGGUCUUUUCGUGCCGGAACUGUACACGAGCCCCGACGCUGACUGCGUCCAGUGCCUGGACUGCAGGUUCAUGUACCCGACCCACAAAUUCGUUGUCCACAGUCACAAAUCGCUGGAGAACAGGACUUGCCAUUGGGGCUUCGACUCCGCUAACUGGAGGGCGUACGUGCUCCUGAGUCCGGAUUACACGGACACGGAAGAGAAGGCGCGCCUCGAGACUCUUCUGGACGAAAUUAAAGAGAAAUUUGACUUCGCGAAGAAAUACAAGAGGAGAGCGCGAACGUCAAGGACCUCUGAUCCAGUUCCUGUUAAGAAGCCCAAACACGAAGACUUCCCAGCACACUCUCCCCCGCUAGACAAAGCCAAGCAAUCGGAUUGGUUACGGUCCCUCUCUGCGUCAGCCAAUAAGGGUCUUAACGGUACCCAGCCCAGACAGAGACCCUCGGCGUUCCGACCCUGGUCACCCGGAAUCUCAACCAGUGAGAAAGACAAAGUGGCCAAGCCAGCCAGCACUAUCCGAGACAGCUUCUAUAACUUUAAAGGUCUAGAGAACGCUGUGGCUCCAAACGUCGCUCUCCCUCCCCUGCAGAAGGGGGCGCCGGCGUCCCUAUCUGCCCCCAGUACCUCAGAGAACCCAGCCGAAGCUCCAGGGAAGGUGAGGAAGAGGAGUUUGACGGGCGAUGGUACGCAAUGCCCUCCUGCCCCGCCUCAGGAACGAGAAUCUGAUGUGGAGGUGGAACUCCGUGAGGAACGUACGUUAUCACCAUGGCAACCUUCACUGGCCAUUGUUUUCACAUCUUCACUGUCGUCUCUGUCUUCUCCAUCAUUCACAUCCUCUAGCUCAGCCAAAGAUCUGAGCUCUCCGAGUGGCCCGACUGCCGCUGCCAUGGUGCCCAUCACCAUGGUGUCGGGGGUGGGUGUGGGCGAGGGCACUGUGCUGGGCGGGGCGGAGGGUCAGUGUAGCGGGGCGGUGCUGGAGCUGGAGGUGGAGGUGCUGAGACAGGCACUGGACUGUGGCCUCCACUCCAGGGAGUCCAGGGAGAAGUUCCUGCAUGAAAUCAUCAAGAUGAGAGUGAAACAAGAGGAGAAGUUAGGAGCAGCACUACAGGCCAAACGCAGCCUACAGCAGGAGCUGGAGUUCUUGCGCGUGGCUAAGAAGGAGAAACUUCGUGAGGCGGCCGAGGCGAGGCGGAGCUUGCGUAAGGAGAUUGAGCGUCUCCGUGCCGACAGUGAGAGGAAGAUGAGGGAGGCACAGGAAGCGCGUGUGCGGCUCAAACGUGAGCUGGAACAGACACGUCAGAUACGAGUGUGUGACAAACGCUGUGAGGCAGGACGUCUGCGCACCAAGUACUCCGCUCAGAUCGAGGAGCUCCAGAUGAAGCUGCAGUAUGCUGAGACAGAGCGUGAGCAGCUCAGAUGUGACCUGCAGCAGGAGCGGGAGGCACGGGAGCACCUGGAGAGAGUGGUCAAAGAGCUCCAGGAGCAGCUGUGGCCGCCCGGCCCAACAGAGGAUGCCGACGCCCCGCCCCCUGCUCCGGCCCCGCCUCCCAACGCUUCACCGGCCAGCAAGGACUCCAGCAACUAAUCCACACCCCUGCCACAGCCCGCCCAAUCAGCACCAACACAGCCCUGUAUAACAAUGCCGCGAUGGCCAAUCGGGUUCAAAAGGAAACAGCUAAACCCCGCCCAUAAUGGCUCCAGCAGGCCGGUGAAACUUGAAAAAUUCACAACUUUCAGAACUUUUACAAAAUGGAUAUUUUAAAAAAGGGCAAAUUAGAAGAAAGAAAGUGAUUGUGUUAGUGGUGAAAGCACUGAUGUACAUGUCCACGUUAUUCCAAAAGAAAAGUCCCAAGAAAAACAGGAAUGAAACAACAAAUAUAGCACCAAAAAUGUUCUUGUGCCUGCAGAAAGACAUUUUUUGAAAAAAAAAAAAAGACUUUUAUAUGGAAUUGAAAUUUGAAAAUUGUUUGUUUUCAAGAGAAAAAAGAAACCUUUGACACCAAGUGGUGGAUUUGAAGGUGAACUGGUGAGGUGUGCGGUCCCCCUCCACACACACACCCAACCCAGACGAGAGACGCUGGGUUUUUAACGCUCUUUCAGGCCUCAUGAUGUAUGAGGAGUUCUCUUUGUAAUAAGCUGUUGAACAGACUGCGUAUUUCUGGCAUAGCUAACCAUUCUUCCACGCGACGUCAAAAAAGCCUCAAAUUUUCCUCUUUUUUUACGUGCAAGAAAAUAAGUGUCACUUAUUUGUCGCUUGAUGUUUAUUAUAAAAGCCAUUGUUAGCUUUUGAGGAAUGCACGCACAUGCAUGCACGCACACACACACACACACACACACACACACACACACACACACACACACACACACACACACACACACACACACAGAGGGGAGGUGUGCUGUAGAAAGCCUGAUACUUAAAGGGUGCUGUAUUGGUAGAGAGCAAGAAAACUGUUCCAGCCACACUUUCAAGUGGGCACUUUCUUUAAACCACUGUAUUUCUCCCUCACACACACACACACACACACACACACACACACACACACACACACAAUUAGACUCUCUGUUACUUUAUGUCUGAGUGUUUGGGUCAGAACGUGUAAGUGUAUCUUGAGAAGAUGUACUUGGUCAUAAGAUUUGCAUGUGUCUGUGUGUUUGUGUGGGUGUGUGUGUGUGUGGGUGUGUGUGGCUGUGGGUGUGGGUGUGUGUGUGUGUGUCUCUGCCUUGUCAUUUUAGCAGUUUGCUUCUCUGUGCUGUUCGCUGUUCUGUUGCGCGGAUGCUAGCAGUUAGCUUUGCGCUAACCUGUGGCAGCCAUUUUAAGGCAGGAGAGGGUUUUCUGAGUUAUCAAAAACCACAAAAUGUCCUUUUAAAUAAAUUAUAUGUAAGUAUGAAUAUUUCUUUUCUUUUUUUUACUUUACAAUAAUGAAUCGCACUUUGUCAUAACAAAAAUCCUGCUUAAAUGUAUUGGCUUCUCACGCUAUCUUGUACCUUUAUUUUUGAGUUCAGUAUCCACGCGUAUAGAAUGAAAUAAGCGUUUUGUUGAUUAUAUGCAACACAGUUACAUGCAAUGUAUUCAUAUGAUUAAGGCAAAAUACUGUAAAUAAACGUUGAAGAAAAAAGGGUCUUUAUGCGUGCUACACCUCUGGAGCCAGUACUUCAAAACCAGUCCCAUUCUAAAACCAGUUAUACUCUCAAACCGGUCCCAUUCUUAAACCAGUUAUACUCUCAAACCAGUCCCAUUCUAAAACCAGUUAUACUCUCAAACCAGUUAUACUCUCAAACCGGUCCCAUUCUUAAACCAGUUAUUACUCUCAAACCAGUUAUACUCUCAAACCAGUUAUACUCUCAAACUGGUCCCAUUCUGUGGGAGCAGCAGUAUCCUUCCACUCAUCACUUCCUGUGUGUUUAGAGUUUAAAAACAAGCUGAAAACUGUUCAGUAAACCAUUUGUUUAAAAGCAGUGUUAUCACUAACUUACCCAGAGUUCCUCUGUUCUGAGGAUGCUGGGAGUUGGAGUGUGCAUGUAUGUCUUUACUGAGGGGAGUAUGAAAACACGUCUGGACUGCUCUCACACUCAUACGGCUCUGACGCAUCUGCUGGUGAUGCCGUCAGAAUGUUCGUCACGUUCGAGACUCUCCUUGAUUAUUGGUUUUUUUUGGCAACAUUUGGGAUGUGUUAUUGCUUGU